AUGCUGUGGACUUUUAUUUUGAAGCUCAUCUCUCCUCUGUGUAUCUCUAGCCCCCUCUCUGACUGACUUCACACUAUUUACACUGACGGGAUGAGUGCUGUCUUGCUGUCCCUGGCUUUUCAUCCCGGAACAAGGCAUCAGUGGUACUGAGAGAACUUUGAUCAGGGCAUCUUAAUCUUGAGGCGCAGGGUAUCGGACACACUCUUGUGGCUUGCUGCAGCAGGAGAAGGCUGGACGAUGCAGACGCGUCGCUCCUCGUCGGCGCUGGCUGUUAGCGGCGAGGUGUCGCUUUCUUUCCAGGAUGAGCUCGCUGCCACCAUCCACCGAGCCUUCGAGGUGGCGGUGGAGAUCGCGGUGGUGGAGGUGAGUAAGUUAGUGAGCCAGGCGCUGGGGGAUGUGCGCGAUCAGAUGCAGGAGACGCUGAGGGAGAACACGUUCCUCAAGACGCGGCUGCAGUCCGCCGAGCUCGAGCUGGACACCGUGAGGAAAGGCAGAAAGAGCAAGAGCCCGGCUGCAGCCGAUGAUGAUCAGCCGCAGAGUGAUUUCUCUCAGCGACACGACAGCCAGACCAAGUGUGAGAGCCGAUCCACGGGGAGAGCAGACAGCCCAACAGCUCAGGAGACUGAGAAAAUGUGCCUAAAUGUGGACGAGUCUUUCUGUGAAAUCCGUGAGGAUGGAAGCGUUCGGUCACGUGACUUGGGCUCAGCAUCCCUAGUGCAGUGCCGUGAGCAGAAGUCAGGUCCACCACAUGAAUCUCUUAUUCCAGAAAAUGAACAGAUGGCACAGCACAGCCAAGAUAUACAUGGUGACCAGAAUCCACCAUCUGUUGAGCAGCCAGUCUGCAAGAAAGAGGAGAACCUAGAACCACAGCUGGGUGAUGCUUCUGGAGAAGAUGAUGGGGAUGAUGAGAAUAAUCUGGAUGAAGACGAUGAUGACAUUAGGCCAAGCUGCAGCUUUAACUCGGAGCAUGAUGGAGAGUUUGAGACAGACAGACUUUCUCUGGUUCAGUCUAAACUGCUGGAGGACUGGAGGCCUGACCCAGAGGCGCCACAAAUGAGAUCAGAUCAGAAUGAGAAUGCAAAUGCUGGACCCAGCCGUAGUCUUGAUGCUCCAGACAUGAUCUCCGCACCUGUUGGUGGUAAUCCUGGCUUCUCAGCCUCCUUCGAUGCUCUCUACCAAUCAGUAGCCAGAACUCACUUUGUCCAUCCUGCUCCUCAAAACGACGAUGUCCAGAUGAGGACAAACGUCCCCACCAGGAUUCACCAGUGUAAAAUCUGCGGCCAUUCGUUUAGUCGAGCAAGUGAUCUGCGCAGACAUCAUAGUCACCGGCACAGAGUGAGGGUAGCUAACCCAGCUAAAGCAGGAAGUGCAGGUAGACCUGUCAAACAGCAGCUGUUCCCUCCAGGCUGUAGCCCAUAUCACUGCAACGAAUGUGGCCGUGACUUCAACCGCAUGGAAAACUUAAAGACGCAUUUGCGCAUACACACUGGAGAACGUCCGUACUCUUGUUCUGUGUGCGGGGUACGGUUCCGGCACUCAGGGGCACUCACACGCCACUUCCGUAUCCACACAGGUGAAAAGCCGUAUGUGUGCGGGCAGUGUGGGAAACGUUUCCGGAACUGCGGUGGCCUGCGCUUCCACCAGAAAUCCCACACUACAGAUAGACACAUGGUUUUGAAUUGUAUUUGAAGAAGAUGGAUUGUUUUUGGAGUUAUUGUAUAGUCGUGUGAUUUAGGGCUGGCCAGUGUAACCUCAAAUCAGCAUCUUGAUCAUUUUAAACCAUUACCUCGAUGACAAUAUAUAAGCAGGAUUUUUUUAAACACGUGUUCAAAAUUUCGCUUUUUUAAGUAGGAGCUUUCGCACUAAAGAUUUGCUGAAAGAUGUUUAAGUAUUAAAACUGGAAAAUCGUGAGGGCUUUUUGUGAAGAGUUAAAACAAGUAUUUGCUCCAUUGUAGCUGUGGGAUCUGUAGGACGUAAUGGCGUUUGUGUGAGUCUUUCCAUUUUGAGUGGUGUUAAAAAAAAUGCGUGUGUUAGAGACAGCUGUUUUGGGAAAUCACGUGAGUGCACUAAUAAUUUUUGGACUUGCACUCCUCAUAUUGUACAUGUAUGUGUUUUAAAUGAAUGAGUUAGCUUUGCUUGUUAGCUUUGCUGGCUGAAUUGUUUUUCCAACAGUUUACAUUUGACACCUCGUCCUAUAUACUGAACCCAAACCAUUAACAUUGCAGUGUUUAGUGAUUAUAUGACUGUUCUUGUUCGUCUGUACUCUGGGAAACAGACUAGGAAACUCCUUUGUUUGCACUGAGGAAUAACAGAGCAAAGGAGAAGCAAAUGGCUGGAUAUGACAACUGGGUUUUGUAUCGAUGUUUCACAAAAACACAUGAUGAGGAAAACCCAGAGUAACAUAGCGAUAUUGAGAGAAAAGGCCAGUGUCACUAUCUUCCAUCCAUGUCAGUUACAUAAAACUGUAUGUAGUCAUAACAACAAGUAGUUAAAUUGUGACAUGUUUGAAAAUGUACAUAUAAUUGAAUAGAAACUUCCAGAAAUUAUGAAAUUUUAUCUUUUACGUAUACACAUUUAUAAGCUUUCAGUUUGCUCCCCGCCAUAGUAAGUCUUUUGCUCUUCCUCUUUUUUAUUUUUUUAAUGGAGGCUGGUCAAUUGUUGGUUAUGACAACAAUAAAAUGUGCAAGUACGGGACAUGGAUAUCAACAUGAACUUUGCUCAAUAAAUUUGGAAAGCCAC